ACGGAUGAAUUAUUUCUGAAUAGAUUAGUGCUAAUUUUUUUUUCUUUAUUGAUGAUAUUGAUUUUCCUUGAAUAUUAUUGUAUCGUAAAUAUGGAUCGUUACGUUAUGUUUGAUAUGCGACUUUAUUGACCCCUUUUUAAUAAUUUAUUAAAAUCAUAAUGGCCAUUAUAUGACAUAUACAGAAAAUUAGAAUGGCAAGAAAAAAAUAUUAAAUUUCUCAUUUUUAAAUAACAUAAUGUACUACGCCUUAUAUUUCUAUAAUAUAGUUUAUUCAAAACAAAAGUUGAUAUAUUUUUGCCAUAGAUUGCCAUUUACUUCACGUUUGUAAAUUUUGGUUUAAAGAAGAAAAAGAGAUUAGAAUAUCUGUAACAAUUAAAAAUGAUGUUGUACCAUAGAAAACAAAUAAUAAUUUUUUUCUUGGUGGUUGGUUGUAGUUAUAAGAGGGGCUUGUGUAAAUAUUUAAAGAUUAGGGUUAUAUGUAAUAAUAAUGAAAGUUGGAAAUGGAAGUGGAAAAUUGUGAAAACAACAAAAAGUUGUUUUCACUUUUUGGAAUCCAACUCCGAAGUAAUUUUCCAAAUUCUCAUGGCCAAACACCACAAUUUUCGGAAAAGUGAAAAAAGUGAAAAAUUUUUGGAAAAAAGGAAAAAAAAUUUAUGGCCAAACGGGCCCUUAGGAUCGCACAUGCUCGUAUGUCCUUUACCAAUAGAGAUUGGGUUUUUUACCUAGUGGUCCAUACGAUCUUUUGGACCAGAGGUUAUAGCACCGUAAUCCUCCAUCUCCGGCGAGGUUCUUUGAAAACGAACUCCUUUCUCUACCCAAAUUGGGAUGAUGAAUAUGAUUCCAUCUCUUUAGGACAAUUCUCACCGUCCCCUGCAAUAUGUGAAUCUUGUUGGUAGGUGGAUAGAAGAAGAGCUCGAAACAACCUCUCUACUUCUUUAGAAGUAGUGGUAUGGACUGCGUACACUCUACCCUCCCUAGACCCCACUAAGUGGAAAUAUACUGGAUUUGUUGUUGUUGUUGUUGUAGGUGGAUAGAAGAAGAAGGUUAGUUAUGAACAAUAGAAAUUAAAACAUAUUCAACUAACAGGACAUAUUAAUUGACAAAAAGUGAAAUAGACUAAUGUACACCUCAAUCUAAGUAGAAUCUAAGAAGACUAAUGUAGAUCUCAAUCUAAGCAGACUAAUGUACACCUUAAGCUAAAUUAAACGAAGCAGUUUAAGAUGGCAUAACAAAUAAUAUAUUGUCUUAAAAUUAACAACAUAAAAAGGGAGAUAUUAUUUUGUCUUUAAAUUAACAACGUAAAAAGGGAGAGAUGCUAUAAAGAUAAAACCUGAAAAUAAAAUUGUUGAAGCAGUGCUGAGAUGAAAAUGAUGAACAAUGGAAACCAACGUCUGUAUAAUGAUAAACAAUGUAAAACCACAAGAGUUUAUAUAGAAAACCAAGUAGGAUACAAAUAUUUAUUUUGAGAAAUUUAAUUGUAGGUAAAAGGAGAAAAGACGAUUUUGUCUAAAGCGAAGUCUUUUAAUUCAUGGUAAAAAGUUCAAAUUACUUUUCUAAGGGCCUUCACACUUUUAAUAUAUUAUAUAGAUAUAUAGAUUAUAGAUUAUAGAUUAUAUAAGCCAACAAUAAAAGGACUAACAAAACAUUAGGUUGUACAAGAAGUUAUCUGAUUUGUACAUUAAGCCAAGAAGAGAAAGGACUAACACAAUAUCAAUAAGUUGUUCAAAAAGUUAUCUGAUUUGUACAUUAUAUUUAGCCUCGUACUUGAUUUCUUUUUCUUUUUUACUAACACGUGUUCUGCAUCUCCCCCCCCCCCGCUCUCCACCCCCCCCCGGGAAACCACGUGUACCCACUUUACAUGGAAAAUAAACUUUACCAAAACCCAGCUUUCACACCAUAAUUCUCUUCUCAACUUUCUGUUUCUUCUUCACUCUUCAAUGGUCUUUAAUCCCUAGCCACUGCUAAAAGCAACAAUUGCGGGUUUUCAUUCUCAGGUAAUGGCCUGUGGGAUUCUGUUGGUUCGGUUCAUGUACAUGUUGUUUUAUGAGUUUUAUGAAUUGGAUUUUUCUUGUUUUGUUAUUAGUUGUCAAGAUCUCUUUUUUAAGGUGGGGUGGACGGGCGUCCAUCAUUUGGUGAAAUUCUAUGUUAAAAGAUUGAAUCUUUAAGUAAAAGCUGAAUUUUUCUAAUACCCUUUUGGAAGAUUCUUGGGUUUUAGUUGUGAGAUUUUGCUUUUUUGGUUCAUGUACAUGUUGUUUUCAUCCAUGUGUUUUGAGUUUUAUGAAUUGGAGGUUUCCCAAUUUUGCAAUUAGUUGUGAAAUUCUGAUUGUUUUGCUCAUACUCGUGUUUCAUGAGUUUUUGUAGCUAUAUCAACAAGUUGUUCGAAAGGUAGCUCUGAUGAUGACUCUUUGUUCUUUGUUUUGGUUCUUUUUCUUCAAAGCUAAUCCAAAUAAUAAGCAGACAAUCCAUUAAAAUCAUUGCGGAGGAGCAGCGUCAACUAAGUUCAUAAGGAGAACAUCCUUGUCGUUUGAACUUCGUAACUACUGCCUAUCCAAAUCCAUUGGUUUCAAUGCCUCUUGAGAAUGUUGUCGAUUGCAUUCCAACUCUUGCUAUAAUGCAGACAGUUGAGAUGACGCUCGCUAAGAUUUCUCAUUGACAUCACGAAACUGGGCCUCACGAUCAUCUUUUUCCUGAAGAAACAGAAUUUCCACAAAGAACAGUUAUUGUGACUCUCACUUAAAAAAUGGAACAACUGAAAACAACUACUGUAGAACUUGGAUAAUAUGUCCACACAUCUUUAUCUUAAGGUUCAGUCUAAUUGCAUCUUUAGGAAGAGAAGAAACCAAGACCACAUCAAGCCAUCAUUACCAUUUUCGUGAUUCCUACACAGCUACACUACAUUCAGAUGGUGUAUUCAUGCACACCUUAGUUGUUUUAAAUUCAAGGCAAUUGAGCUCUACUUUUGGACUUGUUUCCAUCAAGUAAUCAACAACUCUUAAACCAUCCAUAACACUGUAAUUCACAAAGGGCAGAGCCAUAAGUGAAAUAGUUCAAUUGUUUUGAGCUAAGAGACAAUCUACCUAAGUAACUUUACCAUCAAUACCAGUGCCAACUACUAAGGUGCAUAUAAAGUGCCUAUAGGGAAGAGUGGGUUCUUAUUGCUUUACUUGCUGCAAACCUUCCAACGUAUUGCCAAUUGCAUUUUCCAUCUAAUAUGAUGGAUUUGAGAACUGAUCAUCUGCAUUCUUCAACUGAGAUGAUGAUCAUGUUGAAACUGGUGUCAUUAAGCCUGGUAUGGUUGUGAUUUUUGGUCCUUCUGGUCGGACUACUGAAAUUAAAUCUGUUGAGAUGCACCAUGGGGCUCUUCCUGGUGACAAUGUUGGAUUCAACGUCAAGAAUGUUGCUGUUAAGGAUCUUAAGAGAGGUUAUGUUGCUUCCAACUCCAAAGAUGACCCAGCAAAGGGCGCUGCCAGCUUCGCUGCCCAAGUCAUCAUUAUGAACCAUCCCGGUCAGAUUGGAAAUGGAUAUGCUCCGGUGCUCGAAUGCCAUACCUCCCACAUUGCUGUCAAAUUCGCUGAGAUCAUGACCAAGAUUGACAGACGUUCUGGUAAGGAACUUGAGAAGGAGCCCGAAUUCUUGAAGAAUGGUGAUGUCGGCAUGGUUAAGAUGAUUCCCACCAAGCCCAUGGUGGUUGAAACUUUCACUGAAUACCCACCAUUCAGACGUUUUGCUGUGAGGUACAUGUGUCAAAUUGUUGUUGUUGGAGUUGUCAAGAAUGUUGACAAGAAGGACCCUACUGGUGCCAAAGUCACCAAGGCUGCUCAAAAGAAGAAUCUGCACAUGCAACUUUAACUAGAGUGAUAGAUGCUGCAAAGAGAAUAAUGGGUGCAGCUGGGGUUCCACUUGUGCCAGGAUAUCAUGGUGAUGAGCAAGAUAUUGACUUUAUGAAUUCGGAAGCAGACAAGAUUGCGUAUCCUAUUUUAAUUAAGCCAACCCAUGGAGGUGGAGGGAAGUAUCAAAGUGUAAAUUGAAGCAAGCUUUGGAACAGAUUGGAGUGCCUACCUAAUUACUUAGGUGGGUCAGCGGAGGAAAUAGAGAAAAAAAUGGAGGAGAAAAUAGAGUUGAAGAUACAUGUAAUACCUCAAAUGUCAAUCAAGAACUAGGAUGUGGUAUGCAAGGUGUUGAUUUUUCUGCUUCAAAGGUCGAGGUUCUCUGAUAGAAUUUAACCAAAUCUCUUCUUAAAUUGAUGAGUUUUCAUAAGGAAUAACAUAAAGAUAUACUUCUACAUCUAUAAUUUACAUUUUCUAACAUAAUUCAAUUAAAAUGUAGCCUUAUCUUACAUUCAUUAUUUUUCAUAUGAAAUAAUCUUGAGGACAUAUUGUUUAGUGGUUAUAACUUGAUCUGUUUCAGUUCUUCUGUUUGACAUUCUAAAGAAAAGAAGCAAAUAAUCAUCAUCUUAAAUUCUAAUGUCUUAGAGCAUGGAGACCAUUACUCUUGGGAUAAAAUGAUAGGCAUUAAAGCAAGUGGUCCUAUAGGAGAAGAUAACUGGUGAUAUAGUUUAGUUUUCUGCUAUGCUCAAUUUUUUGUAACUUGAACGAUGGUUUCUAAAAUUCUGUAGUUUUCUAUUUUAGAGAUAUCAUAUUAACAUUUGCAACAUUUCCAAUUUUAGUGGAUAUCACACCUUGGAUAAGAAUAUUGAAGCUCACUUUUCUUUUUUCAUGGCCAAUUCUUCUCGAGGAUUAUCAUCUGCUUGAGAAGCUUCCCAAUUUUGAUCGUGAUAGAAACCCAGUGUGUGUUGUUCAUGCUAGAGGUGCCAGUGCGAAGGUUUCUUUGAGGUCACACAUGAUAUAACCCAUCUUACAUGUGCUGAUUUUUUUCUAGCUUCUGGUGUCCAGAUUGGAAAGGAGGGAGUAGUACAGUUUGGUGUAAACAAAUGGGAGUGGAUGGUGUUUUCUUGAGUACUCAUGUAAACAUUGUUGAAGUUGAUGUUGGCCUCAUGCAUCACCUGUAGCGUAACAACUUCCACAUGUUUUUAACUUUUUGGGUUUCCUAGGCUUUUAAGACUACACAUAGUCUUCCUGGUUUAUGUGGUAUUCUACCUCACCAAUGCAAUAUUUCAAGUCUCAGUUUGUUCUAAGAGUAUGUACUAGGAAUGAAUGAAUGAAUGAUUAAAUCACCUAAUGGCCUGUGUUGUGUAGUGUUUUACCAGGUCGUUUAAUUUAGUGUGCCACUUGUAAUGUUUCCGAGUUGCUAAUGAUAUUGUACUUUCUGUU